AGAACCACAUUGGACAGCAUCUUCAGGAGGAGAAGUGGAUGGUGUAACCCACACAGACUACCGCCAUGUUCAACAGGUUGAAACAAAUGAUGGGGGCUCCUGAGCCUCCCCUUGCCCAACCUGCUACCCCACCUUCCACCCCAACUCCACCAGCUAAGGAAGAAAAGCCCCCUGAAAAGAAGGAUGAAAAAGAGCAGCAAAAGAAAGAAGAAAAGAAAGAGGAAGAAAAGAAAGAAGAGGAAAAGAAAGAGGACAAAAAUGAAGAGAAGAAAGAAGAAGAGCCCAAGAAGGAAGAGCCAAAACCAGCUCCAGCUCCUGCCCCAGCUGCUGCUGCGGCCCCAGCUGCUGCUCCGGCCAAUCCAGAGGGGGCUAAUGGUGAAGAGGCCCCUCCUUCUCCUCCACCUGUUGUCUACUUCCGUUACACAGAUGACACACUCAGAAAUAUGAUUAAGAAUUUAAGGGAGCAGACAGAGAUGCUAAGAGAGAAAGCCAUAGACCCUUACGCCACUUCGCCAGAAAUCUCCCCACCUGUCACACCUAUUCUGAGGAAGGAGGACUACAUCAGAAUGAAGGAAGAGGAACGAAUAGCAAAAGAAGAAGCGGAUAAAAAGAAGGCAGAAGAGGCAGCCAAAAAGGCAGAGGAGAAGAAGAAAAAGGACGAGGAGAAACAGGAGAAGGCUGAGAUAAAAGAAAUGGAGGAGAGGCUUGCGGCGGAUGCCAGGAGGAAGAUGAAGAAGAUCUUCCCAGGCUUGAUUUACCUCUGCAUGGACUUUGCCACUAGUCCAAUCGAAAACAAGAUGGAUACCAUCGUGGGAAACACCAUAGAUGGUUUAGAUCGUCGGUAUAUUACCUGGUUGGCCGUGGUAGCGGUGGCAUUUAACUACAACAUUUGGUUUUGCACUGCCCGGAUGGUCUUUCCUUACCAUAAUGAUGUUGUCAACCCCUACUGGAUAACUUGUGACAUUCUCAGUGACCUAGUGAAUGUUAUUGACAUCAUCAUUUGGCAGCCCCGAAUACAGUUUGUCAAAGGCGGAGACAUUAUUAAAGACCGAGCGGUAUGUAAGGAACAUUAUCGGAAAUCACAUCGAUUUAUGACUGAUAUGAUCAGCAUCAUCCCCUUUGACCUUCUCUGCCUGUACUCUGGAUUCUCCUCCAUAUACCGAUUAAACCGCUUCAUCAGGGUUGAUAACUUCUUUGAGUUCAGCGAUCGACUUGAGAGUAUCAUGGCCAAGGCCUACAUCUGGAGAGUGAUUCGCACCACAGGUUACCUGCUCUACGUACUCCAUAUCAACGCCUGUGCGUUCUAUGUUGCCUCUAUGUACCAGGGUAUUGCAACGACCAUUUGGGUGUAUGAUGGAAAGGGCAACGCGUACCUGCGUUGUUACUACUUUGCAGUCCGCAGUCUGAUCAACAUCGGAGGUCUUCCAGAGCCUACAACCGUCUUUGAGAUUACCUUUCAGUUGUUAAACUUUUUCAUUGGCGUCUUUGUGUUCUCCAGUUUGAUUGGACAGAUGAGAGACGUCAUAGGAGCAGCAACAGCAGGUGAAACAUAUUUCCGGGCAUCGAUGGAUGGCUGUGUUGACUACAUGAACACCUACUCGAUCCCAAGGGAAGUCCAGAACAGAAUCCGGACCUGGUUCAACUACACCUGGGCAGCUCAGGGCAUGCUGGAUGAGUCCGAGCUGCUGGAUAAGUUGCCUCUGGUGAUGAGAACUGCCAUCGCUGUUGACAUCAACCUAUCCACCUUUCAGAAGAUUGCACUGUUCCAGGGCUGCGACCAGCAGAUGUUGGUGGACAUGUUGUUGAGGCUCAAGUCAAUCGUCUAUCUACCUGGAGACUUUGUAGUGAAGAAAUGGGACAUCGGUAAAGAGAUGUACAUCAUUAAAAGUGGAGCAGUGCAGGUGGUGGGAGGACCUGACAACAGUAUUGUGUUUGUCACACUGAAGGCUGGCAGCGUGUUUGGAGAAAUCAGUUUACUACAGUCUGCCAAAGAUGGAGGAAACAGGCGCACUGCUAACGUGAAAGCGCAUGGCUUUGCUAACCUUUUUGUCCUGGAGAAGAAAGACUUGUUUGAUAUCCUCAUCCACUACCCAGAGUCUCAGAAAGUGUUGGCCAGGAAGGGAAAGAAACUGACUAAAGCCAAAGGCCCAGCUCCUGCGGAGGAAAGGCCAAAAGGUUUGACUCUUUUUGGAAAAAAACCACCAACACCCAAGCUACUGAGACUGAUCCAAAAUAUGAAGAAAGGGGCCUACAAGUAGACAUGUCGAGAGUGGGAUGUGUGAUGCUGCUGAGCUCUACCACUUCAAAUCUAAAUCAUUUUGUAUAUUCCACUUUUCAUUGGCUACUGAAUGGCUCACAAGAAG